AACAGAGCUGGGUAAAAAGACGUUUUCCUGGCGGCGCUUCUGGACGGCCUCUCCCCCCACGGGGCCUCUCGGGCGCGGGCCGUGGAGCCUGGGGGCCGCGGGGGCCGGAGGCCAUCGGUUUCUACCCGCCUGGCGAUGGGAGCCGAGGCUUUGGGCCCAGGGGCCUGCAGGGGAGGAAGCAUCGCCUCUGCUGACUGACCAUAUAAAGACUUAAAGGGGCUGGUCGCUCCCUGGGCCCGGAGCUGAAUGGAGGCCUGGAACUGGAAGGGAGUGAGGCCCAGGGGCCACCCUGGUCCUGGGGGCAGUGCCACAAACCCCUGAAGCCCCCAGAACCAGUCUGGUCUCUCUGGAGUUCUUGGGCUCCAGGAUGACCUGGCUCGGCUGCUUCGGGGCCCGUCGGGACGCGGGCUGAAGCAGGGACGGGACGCGUUCUGCGUUGCCUGUCUGCCUCAGUCCCGCUCCCUCGAUCUCUUCCCUGGCCUGGGCGUCCAGCUCGGCUAGCAGGGCGUUCAGGGGAAAGGCAGAAUAGGCGAGUCUAUCUGGCCUCAGGCCCGCAGAGGUGAACAGGAGGUGACACCAGGUCCCUGUGUGAGGGGGCUGGGGGCUGAACCCCAAGUCCUCCUUUCCAGUCCCUCUGCUCUUCCCAGACCAGGCUGGCCUCCCCCUGGUUGAGCUCCCCGCCUGGAGACCAGGGGCACCUUUGCCCCCGGGGUACGGGUGAGGACAGGGGAGAGUGGCUCCCCGCAAGCCCGCUAGUGAGGCUCCCCAGUCGAAAGGGGCCGUGGUCCUGCUGCCCCGCCAUCUCAGCGCCUCCCCAUGCGGCUGCCUGGUGGUUUCCGAGCUUCCUGUUCCAGAGCAGAAGUUACCCUCCCCCCCCUUCCCCACCACAGCAGUAGCCCCAGAGCCUCCGGGCACCAAAACCCCAUCUGGCCCGGCGCUAUGAGCCGCGGGGGCCGGGCUGGGGCCCGGGCUGGGCAGCAGCAGAACGUCCCUUCUGCCUUGCUCCGGGACGACGAGAACCAGAAGCUCUUUGAGAUGCUUGGCCGAAAAUGCUUGACGCUGGCAACCUCCGUGGCACAACUCUACUUGUCGCUGCCCGUCAACAGCGGGCGUUGGAGCAAGCGGCAGAGCGGAGCGCUUUGCUUUGUCAAGGACAAUCCCCGCAAGUCCUACUUCAUCCGCCUUUACAGCCUCCAGGAAGGGAAGAUGGUUUGGGAGCAGGAACUCCACUCCCAGCUGAUUUAUUCGGCCGCCACACCUUUCUUCCACACUUUCCCCUCAGAUGACUGCCAGGCUGGGCUGAAUUUUGCAGAUGAGGGUGAAGCCCGGGCCUUCUAUGCCCUGGUGGAGGAGAAGAUCCAGAAGAGAAAUCAGAAGCAAGCAGAAAAACGUCUGCUUCCACCUCCGCCCCCUCCGAUCAGCGAAGAAAGAAGAGGAGGUGGGCCCCCUCUUCCCCCACACCCCAGCGGAGACCCGAACGGACCCUCUCUGCAGCCCACCGUGCCCUCGCUGAACCUUGUCACGGUGGACAUCCAGAACCCCGACAUCACGUCCUCUCGCUACCGCGGGCUUCCCGUUCCCGCCAUCUCCGACAAGAAGAAGGCUGGGAAGAAAAAGAUCAGCAAGGCUGACAUCGGGGCACCCAGUGGUUUCAAGCACGUCAGCCACGUCGGUUGGGACCCUAACAGUGGCUUCGACGUGAACAACCUGGAUCCGGAUCUGAAGAGCCUGUUUACCCAGGCGGGGAUCAGCGAAGCCCAGCUAACGGACGCCGAGACCUCCAAGCUCAUCUAUGACUUCAUCGAGGGUCAGGGGGGCUUGGAGGCGGUCAGAGAAGAGAUGAGGCGGCAAGGUGCCGGUCCCCCUCCUCCUCCUCCUCCCCCGUCCCGUGCCUCUCCUCUUCCCUCGGCGCCAUCCACCCCCUCCCGAAGAACGGGACCUCUCCCCCCAGUCCCUGGUGCCCUCUCUGGGUCUCCAUCCUUGCCCAGUCGGGGGGUCGGGGUUCCUCCCCCGCCCAGGUGCCCCCCACCCCCCAGCCGGGGGGCUGCCCCCGCCACCUCCCGUUCUGGCCCCCUCCCACCUCCCCCCCCACCCGCUCCCUCUGACACGUGCCCCCCACCCCCUCCUCCACCCCCUCCACCUGCUGGCACUUGCCCCCCGCCCCCUCCGCCACCCCCUGGGGGGACAAGUCCCCAAGCAGCGUCCGCCCCUGUUGGUCGGGGGGCCCUGUUGGACCAGAUCAGGCAGGGCAUCCAACUUAACAAGACGCCAGGGGCCCAGGAGUGCCCAGCUUCCCCUCCCCAGAGCUCUGAGGGGCUGGUGGGGGCCCUCAUGCACGUCAUGCAGAAGAGGAGCAAGGUCAUCCACUCCUCAGACGAAGGGGAAGACGAGGCAGGGGAGGACGACGAUGACGACGAAUGGGACGACUGAGCAGCCCACCCGCCC